CUGUUCAGGAUUCUACAUAAUCGUCGUGAUAAUGCUCUGCGCCAUCGGAGUUGCGAUUUCAAUGGCUUUGCUGGGCCACGAUUUCCCGAUCUGGCAGCAAUUUACACUCAACUGAUUGAUGUCUCUCGAGCUCAGCGGACGUACCGAGAACGUAUAGAACGCAUGCAAUGGAACCUUCGGGUGGAAAAGGAGUGGAACAAGAUCUUCUCGCGGAUCGACCACGUUUUUCUGUUCCUCUUCCAGGCAGCAAACGUUUUGGUUCUUCUGAUGUUUCUGCGAUAUGCAUUCAUUCCUGUGCCUGAGCUUCCCGAUGAUUUUACUGUAUGA